UGAUCAGCUCACAUAUCUAUGUUAGAGACGAUGAAUAGUUGGAUGCUUGGUUUCAUUUCAAUAUUUCAAUAUAAAAGUGGAGCCGGCCUAUAUGUCUAAACUAUAAAAUCGUAAGUUAUCUGAAAGAAGAGUACGUAUAAGCACAACCAAAAUGGUCAAUAAAAAGUAUUGAAGCAUACUCCAUGGUUCAUUCAAGCUUCAUUUUAACCUGAUGUAAUAUAUGUCAACAAGCAUAGUUCAUAUACGAUUCCCACUCUUUAGAUCUUAUCAAAUCUGACUUGGAUAUAGAGUUUGCAAUAGGCUCGUCGAAAUCCCGACACAAUAACAACAUAUAUUUCGUUGUUCUUGAUGACAGGCGGAGAUUCAAGUUCACUCAACACAUGUGGAUUAUGGCACCAUGGACUUUCAAGCACUCUUGGAAGGACCCCAUGAUUUGGACGGAUGGCUGGAAGGUGCAUUCAUUCCUACUUAUACAAAGGAGGCGAGUUUAACUCAUGAGGCAAGAUUUUCACACAUGCAGAAGUACAAACUUGCAAAACAAAUGAACGUGGCAAAUGGCGUUGAAAAUCCGUUUCACCAUUGCAGAAUGAAUGUAAAUUUUAUUCACCAACUAGUGAUCAUGGCAUGAAAAUAUAAACACCUAUGCCUGAGAAAGUGGAGGCCCCUGCCAACACGACUCUCAACGGCGGAGGAGGAGAAGAGGAGGAGAUGAGAGAGGGAGGAGGGGCCGUGUACCCGCCGCCUUGUCACUGGAGAAGUAGAAGGCUUGCGGCCACCACCACACCAUCGGAGGAGGGGAAGUGCGAUCUACUAGAUUACAUACCAAAAAGUGGUUGGAUGCAUGGAGGUCGUGUGAGAAGUGCACGUGAGAGAGGAUCAUGGUCGAUAAACAUAGAACCAUGCUCCCGGGACCUGCGUUCUGCAAGUGAAGGCCAAAAACAUGGGAGCAGAAGAAACAAUGACCAUUGGACAUCUGAAGAGGUGAAAGAACUAGUGGAUGGCGUAUCUGUACAUGGGGUUGGACAAUCGACUAAGUUGAAGAAUGAAAGGUUUCCAAUAUCAGUUCGGACAGCAGUGCAUCUAAAGGAUAAGUGGAGAAACCUAGUGAAAGCCGUCACGGGAAAUGUGAAAAGAAGGAUCUUGCCUCGUCUAGAUAAGGAUUGCAUCAAAAAGAUCAAGAGGCUAGCAGCUGAUUACCCUGGAAAAUGAAGUUGCACUCGUGAAUGCUACACGGAACAUCAAACAGUACUUUUGGUGUAGUAGUGACCCCGCAACAAGAGUUCCUGUUAUUUUUCUAGUAGAACUGUGAAGCAUAGGCUGUCAUAUUAAGUGUGUCGUGAGUAGAGAGUAGAUUGAAGUGGAGCAGCUUCUACUGCCUAACUUCCCCAUGAAUGGGAAUAGCGCUCGCUCCUCCGACCUGUUGGCUUGCCGGUUUUGCUACAGUGCUGUAAUUAGCUUGACCUUUCAUUUAACACCAUGGCACAUUUUGCUGGAAGCUUAUGGUCUUAUGAUAUGAAUGGUGAAUGGAUAUGCACAUUU